AUGAUCGAGGAGGACGUCAGCGACGUCGAGUUCCCUUGUGAGCAGGUUGGCAGCGGCCAGGACGAUGAUGAGGACCUGGUUCUGAUCACCAGGGAGUUGCAGGAGCACAGUUACUCCAAAGUGAAGCUCAAGCUAUUCGAGCAGAGACGCACCAGGCACGCCCAGGAUCCUGAACCCGACUUGCCUGCUGAACAACUUCAUGGAUGGCGCGUCGUAAGUUAUCUCAUGUCGACCAACUGCCGUAGUUUCUGCGGUCCCUUCCUCGAUAAGCCGGAAUCAUCCAUGAGGGACUACUGGAGAAAUUAUGGAGAAGGUCUCAAAGAUACAACAUGGCUCGGAAAGAUCAAGCAACAAAUCCUAGAGAAGAAGACCUACGAGUCUUUGAGCGAAAUCGUCACCGACAUCCGAUUGAUGUUAGAGAAAUGCUAUCUGACCUUCGGACCGCACCACCCGAUCUCGAAGAAAGGCAUCAAACUCGAACAGGUUCUCGAACAAAAAAUCAACACUUGGCCGCUGUCCCUCCGGGAAAAGUGCUCCGUGGACGCCACGAGAAAUUCCGGCAUUCCGAGGAGUCGCCUCAAGGUGGAAGACGGCGAAUCUAUGCUGAUCGCCAUCAUUCGGCACGAGAAAUCUGUCAAGGAACGCGAACAGCGCUUCAAAGCUCGUGAGGGAAAGAAAUUCGAGAAAGAAACCCUCACUCUGCAAGCUGAAAACUGGGAGCUGACGGAAGUCAGUGCGAAAGUGGCAGAAGUCCAAGGCAUUUGGGAAGUUCCGCACGUGGCUCAUUUUCUUUUCCUCGCACAACACGCGCUCGGUUUUCCCGAAUUCACCAUGUAUGAAUUUGAGCGCUCUCUUCUGUAUCCAAAAGCCAGUCUCCUGCUUCACUCGCUGAUGACGUGCUUGCUGACGACCGGUUUCAAAAGCGUCAGCUCAACGGCAAACAAACCCCCGAUCAGCUACAAAGAGUGGAACGACAAGCUUCGCAACAAGCUUUCGGGAUGGUAUAAAACGUACGUCAAUCACGGCGUGGCCAAAGUGUUCGAAGAUGCCGGAGUAGAAGGCUCGUUCUUCGAGAGCGUGGGCGAGAAUAACCCGUUCAACGAAGUUAACGAAGACGGAGAGUGGUCCACUUUUGAAGAUUUCCCUCUUCCGGCAAGGGUGGCAAUCGUAAAAGGACUCUGUGACCAAAGACUGGCCAAACAUAGAACUGUCCAGGACUAUUUUGUGGAAAAUACUUAUCCCGGGGGAGAAAUGCGCGAAAUCGUUCUCGGAGUUGAUCUGAGCAAACGCGAAUAUUUCUAUUUUCCUUGCUUAUCGAACCACGACGUUCGAAUCUACUCACGGCUCAAGUUCCCAUCGAAAGCCCACGAUGAUUGUUACCAAGUCGCUAUCAAACGAAUCCCACGAACUCCGAAACCUAAGAAGCGCAAGAAGAAACAGCACAAAAACACGGUGGAAACUAAAAGUAAAAGACGGAGCGCGAAACAAGCGGCUCGAGCUCUCCACGAUUUGACUUCGUCCGACAGCGAAGAGGAGUUCGACGAAGAGGUGAUCAUUUACAAUUCACAUGGCUGCCCGAUAAUGAAUCCCGGAGAGCAGCAAUACGAACUGGGCUUCGCUCUCGCGGCCGACAGCGUGAAAUCGUUGAGACUCCUGAUCGAAAGACUCAAAAACGAAGCCGACGUGCACGAUAAGGAGAACGGCCAAAAUGGCUGCGAAAUAGAAGAAGACGACGAAACGACGAACGACACCCAAGAGAACAAUGGCGAGGAAGCAGAUCAUUCGAACGAAGACGAAGAAGACGAAGUGAAGUCAGGCAGCGAUUCGAGAUCGAUGUCGGCUCUUGAUGAUGAGUCCUCGCAAGACGCCAAUCAAUUCCAGCCGCGGAGGUCAUCGAGAACCCACCGACAGACCCAACGUUUCAGCGAAGCGGAUUCUCCGGCAGAGGACGAAUCCAGGAGCGGAACUGCACUGGUUGCGACGAGGAGAUCCUCGAGGAGGCUACAAGAGAACGGCGAAACCAAAGUAGAACCCCUCAUCAUCAAGAAAGUUCCCGAACAUAGGGAACGCCUGACCAUGAAGAUUGUCCUGAACAAACCGAAGACUGACAAGAACCAGCCUUCGAACAAGGUACUCAUCUCGACGCUGGAAGCGAUUCUGGAUCAAUUCUUGCCUUACGAGCAAGGAUUCGCGCAAAACGAUCAGCGAACGCGACUGAAACUGUACACGGAAGUCCAUCAUCCGAAUCUCCUUCAAGAAGAGCAGAAACAGAAGGCCGACGAAGAUAAAACUCGGAGGUCGAAACGAGUCAAGGAUCCGUGGUCGACUUCGUCACAGUACAUGGACAACGAGAUUCUCUACGGAGACUCAGCGUUCGAUUGCCUAUCCGACUCUGACGAGGAGUCCGCAGCCAAAAAACCUCAACCUACUAGAAGGUCGACUCGUUACACCAACGGACCCGAACAAGAAACUGAGGAGGACAGGGAAUGGAAAUAUCGUGACGGUGAAAGGUUCUAGACGAUAAAGCGUAAACGAUGAUCGUGUUCGAUUUCGAACAGAACCCGUCGACCGUCCCGAAAUUCUCACUCCUCGAAUCCGCCCCAGACUACCUUCCAAACCGUGAUGCACUAGGUCUUAACUGGCAUACCGUACUACAGACUGUAAAUAAUAAUUAGGUCUGCCAAUACCACGAAUCAUCAAAGCGUCAAGAAGGCGAUCGAAUGGCCGCUCGAUAGUCCCCGUAACCGAUCGACCGACCAACAAACAGAUAAACAAACAGAGCAACCAACCCGUUCAUGGACUGAGCGUUCACGCAGCAAGCAAACAAUCGUUUCAC